AUGUCAGAGAUAUCUAGCCUCCUCGAUACCCUGACCAGCGCAAUUGACGUGUUCAAGGCCAAGCUAGCCAGGCAACAACUGCCAGAGUCCUCCCUGACCAUGUCGGAAUCUCAUCCCAUUGACGAAAUCUCGUACAUCCCCCCGCCUGCGAUGUACGAAGCGCGGCGGCUGGCGGUUGCCUCCAUGUUGCUCCUGGAGAACCCAGUGGAGGCCGUCAUGAACACAGUCCAUGCAAGCGCAGAAAUACAGGGUGUGCCCCUCUCAGCAGAAAUCGAAGACCCAGAUACAUUCCAUGAAACUAGGUGCGGCGGUAUUUCCACCUCCGGCCCUCGCGCAAAGGAAUCACUCGCUCGCCGCCGGGAACGGCGCUACGUCCCCGUGCCGCUGCCGCCGUACAUCCCCGCGCACCUGUGCGACUGCUGGUCAGAGGACCACUCGACGAACGUCCUGCUUAUCACCUUGUGCAAUGGUGUGUACCCAGUCGUCAGGGCGCAAGUUGUGCAAGGGUGCUAA